AUAUUGAGUUCUGUGUAGUUAAGUCGGAAUAUUUCGUAUAGUUCUCGUCGACUGUCGUGUGACAUUUGUUCUUCGAUUCAGAAACGCAUAUUGAAACGCAGCGAUAAUACAAAUUACGAAUAUUCAAUGAAAAAGAUUUAAGCAAAACCAAAACAAAACCAAACAAAAUAAAAAACCAAACCAAAGAAAAUCAACCAAUUAAAAUUUAAAAUUUCAAUUCGCUUCAAAAAUAUAUAUUACAAAUAUAACAGCCAAUUUAAUCAAAUCAAAUUCGCCACAAAAAUCGCAAACAAAGUUUACAACAAUUCGUUUACUCAAAUCCCAUAACACAAAACAAGCUACAACUAAUUCAAAUAUAUAACUGUUAAAUCUAUCAGAGAGAAAGAAAAAGAGAUAGAGAAGUACUCGCGUGUGUUUAAAUACUGGAAAAUACAGAUAAGAUAAAUUAUAAUAAACACUAAGCCAUACACACAUUAUAGAAGGCUAACUACACGAAAAUACAUUAAAAUCAAUAAGUAACCAGUACAGAGUAACAGAGCAGACAGUUCAAGUGAAAAACCGAAACGAAACUUUCAAAAAGUGCUUAAAAGUAAUCAAAAGAAUUAUUCAAGAGAUACAAAUUAAAGGAAACAAAACUUAGACAAAUAAACAACGGUCAUUCACAGAGGAAGAUUUACGAAAAGCUUCCCACAGAAUCGGUGAAAAUCGUUAACAAUUUUUUCUCGCAAAGGCGCCACGUCCAAGAGCAAAUCGUUCCAUAUGGUUCAUAUUAUUGAAUUGGUCGGCCAGCCGAAGGUUGAGUUUGCUCAACAAGUUACUGUAAGUUGCCAUCAUCCAUUAAUACCACCAGCCAUCAAAUUAAUGAACCGUGCUUUACAGCUGAAGCCAGCUGAAAAUGAAAGUCGCAGCGAGCAUUUAGAUCGCAAGCUGUUCGUUGGCAUGCUCAGCAAACAACAGACCGAAGACGAUGUUAGACAAAUCUUCCAUCCCUUCGGCACUAUAGAGGAGUGCACCAUACUUCGUGGGCCGGACGGUGCUAGCAAAGGCUGCGCUUUCGUCAAAUUUGGUUCGCAGCAGGAGGCUCAGUCAGCAAUAACCAACCUACACGGAAGUCAAACUAUGCCGGGCGCAUCCUCCAGCCUGGUCGUCAAAUACGCCGACACGGAGAAGGAGCGACAAAUAAGGCGCAUGCAGCAAAUGGCCGGUCACAUGAACCUGCUGAACCCGUUCGUCUUUAAUCAGUUCAGUCCGUACGGCGCCUACGCCCAGCAACAGCAACAGGCCGCCCUGAUGGCCGCCGCUGCCACGGCACCCGGAUCCGCAGCCGCCUACAUGAACCCGAUGGCGGCCCUGGCAACGCAGAUACCUCAUGGCCUAAACGGCACCGGUCAGCCCCCCUCGCUGCCCUCGCCGACCAUGCCCAACUUCAACAUGGGCGCCAACACGCCCAACGGACAGCCCGGCGGAGCGGCUGCCGCUGCUGCUGCGGCAGCUGCCGCGGACGGCGUCUUCACGAACGGCAUUCCACAAACGGCAUUCCCAGGACAUCCGCUGCACUUGACUAUACCGCCACAAGGUUUGCCAAACGGCGAUGCUGCUACCCUGCAACAUGCCUUCCCUGGUCUGCCACCGUUUCCAGGAGUUGCCUUUCCCGCCGUCUAUGGACAGUUUCCACAAGCUUUACCACCUCCCCUAGCGGCGGUUGCACCCACUCAGCGUGAAGAUUUUCUGAUGUUCCCAGGAUGUUCGAUAUCCGGACCCGAGGGCUGCAAUCUCUUCAUCUACCAUUUGCCCCAAGAGUUUGGCGACGCCGAGUUAAUGCAAAUGUUCCUGCCCUUUGGCAAUGUGAUCAGCUCCAAGGUCUUCAUUGAUCGUGCUACAAACCAGAGCAAAUGUUUCGGAUUUGUUUCAUUCGAUAAUCCCGCCAGCGCUCAAGCGGCCAUUCAGGCCAUGAAUGGCUUCCAGAUUGGCAUGAAAAGACUGAAAGUUCAAUUGAAGCGGCCAAAGGAUGCCAGUCGACCCUAUUAACAAUCGGAGUUCCUUAAACGCAAUUCACAACAACCAACUGGAGCAACUACAUCAGCAACAGCCGCUUUGCCAACAACUACCGCAUUUUCAGCAGCCACGCCCACAUCGGCAGUAACCUCCGUAUCAGCAACAGUGACCACAACGGCCCACUAUAAUAACCUUGGCAGCAGCUUUAGGCCAACCCUAUCAUUGCCCCCUGAACGCUCCAACCACAAUGCCCACAUACCCUACACUUUUGCCAGCUGGCGCAGCGGCACAUACUGCUAUCGCAACAACAACAACAACAAUAACGAAAACUGCAGCGACAACAAAAACAACCACAGGAACGUACCCGAAUCCCAAUCCCAAAACGAUCCAUCAUCCAACACCAAUUGCUCCAAAGUUGAACUGGUCGAGAGACUAUUCAUGUGGCAACAGCAAAAGCGAAAGGCCUAAAUGCAACAUCAAACACGACAGCAACCAUAACAACUGCAGCUACAAUAAGGAGCAACUAUUGAUGGGAUGGUCGUCAACCAUGCUAUGUGAAAACGAUUAUAGAAAUGAAACAUGCAAAGCGUAUGUAAAAAAAAAAAUAAAAAAUAGUAAACAAGAAAAAUGUAAAUUAAAAAAAGAAAACCACUUAGAGCUGAAAAAUUGAAUAGAUUUAUAUAUAUAAUAUAUUUAUAUAUAUUUAUCCGAUUAUACAUUCAUCUGAAUGCAGUACAGCAGUACACACAAAAUAAUAAGAGAAACCCAAACAAAAAAGAAACCACAAACAAAAUUAUAAAUUGAGAAAUGCAGAAGAAUGACAGAAUUUUUGCCAAAAUAUCGAUUUAAUAAAAGUAUAUAUUUAUAGAAGCAAGAAACAAACAUUGAUAUUGAUAGUUUUGUUAACAACUAAAGAACAAGAACAUUGCACACCAGUACACUCCCACACUGAACACAAAACUUGAGACAAAAACUGACUGGCAAGAGACCAAAAUUAUCUGGGUUUUCAAAUAAAAAUAACAAAACAAAAAAAAAGAAAAAAAAACAAUUAAGGACGAUAAGAGCAGCAACCAUUUUAUAUGAGUAAUUGGUGAUGGGAAUUUAUAAAAAUUACAACCUCUGCGCAAGGAAAAUUAGUUGAAAAACAAAGCAAACACAAAAGAUGAACUAUUAAAACUGAAUUUGUUAAUCUGAUGAACUCGAUCGGAGUUUACAGUUAAUCGAGUAAAUUAGGAGGCAGCAGUUAAUGGAAAGGGUUAAAAUAUAGAUGGGAAAUAGAGGAAGUUAGGUGAGAAAGAAGACAAAGUAGGUCUGCAACUUUUUAGCAUUUAGUGGUAAGCAAAAUGGCAAAGAUUCAACAGAUGCAUAAACAGAUUAUAUGUACACAUGAAAAAUUAACACAAAAAUUCGAAUUUAAUUAAUUUUAAGUAAAAGAAAACGGAUAUAGGAAGUUAGAACUAGACGGGACAGAGCAAGCCACUUAAUAUGCGACGUGCUUUUAGGGGUAAGUCCAAUCCCCAAAGGGUUCGACCAGCCUCACCACAAGCAAAAAUAUCAUUUUUUAUAAUAUAUAAAUGAGUACUAAUUUUAGAAAUAUUAUAAUAUGGAUUUGUUAGAACUAUUGAAGAGAAUCAAAGUGAAGAAAGCUAAACAAAAACAUUAAAAAGAAUUAUGAAAUACAAUAUCUACAGCGAUCAUUUACGUUGGCCUAUAUUUUCUCUGAGGGAGAAAAUUCUUGUAAUUGUUUAAAUUUCUCAAUUUUUUUAAUUCGAUACCGUUUGGUUAUAAAAGUGUAUUUAAAAAUCGUAAACGAUUUUAUAGAAUAAUAAACAAAAUUUUGAAUAAAAUCAAACAACAACUUUACACUUAAACUUAGCUGCUUUCAACAAAAACAAUUACAGGUACUUACAGAUAUACAUGCAUAUAUAUAUAUAUAUAUACAUAGAAAUAUAUAAUAAAAGGAAGGAGAAAUGCAAAAAGUAAAUAAAAACACAAAGGAAAGAAAAGGAGAUAUAAAUAGGGCUACUGAAGGAAUGGAAAACAUAACAAACAUUUUGCUAUGAAAGUAUUACUAUAAAAAUAUAUACAAAAUAGAUAUACAAAACAGCAGAAAACUUAAAGUUUUGGCCACUUAUUUUCACAACCAGCUCCGAGAACGAAACCGAAACCGAUACAGAUAAUGAUUCAGAUUCCGAUCAAGUUGACCAUAGCGCGCCCUAGCCAGACUAAGCAAACUAUUUAACACUAAGCAUAUAUUAAUUAUUAUUGAUUGUUAUUAUAAACAAAAAUUACCAUUAGAAUUUUUAUCACAGUCAAAAAGGAAGCAAGUAUUUUUUAGCGAAACUAGAGAAUUUAUCACGGCCUAUUACAUUUAUUCAAUACUUUUGUUUUGUUUUUCACACUGACAUAGGACGACACAAUACCCCGCACAUCUACACUGAAAUCUAACUAAAUAUUAUCGUCAAUAAAACAAAAAAAAAACGUAAAAUGAGAUCUUUAUCCAACAUGUACUCAACUGUCUGUUGAAUCGAAUCUUUAACAAUUUAGCAGCAAAAUCUGUACAAAAGCGUGAAUAAGAAGAGGAGAAGGACCGAUGAGUCAAAUCUACAGCUAAAUAUGCCAAAAAAUAAGAUUAUGGAUAGUGAAAGGAUAACA